GCGGCCUUCACAUUGGUCGCUUCAGUCCAUAUUUUAUAGCAGACGGUUUUAUUGUUAGACUUGUGAGGCGGCUUUGUCGAGCGUAUCAUUCCGCCUGUAUCAUGUCCGUGCCAGCGGUUGGAGGGACUGACCCCGAGGGGUCACGGGGGUUGGUGAGCAGCUACACCUAUGAAGAUAUCCAGCGUAUCUCCCAGGCCAUACUGACUCGCACCAGGCACCGGCCCGUGCUGGGUAUCAUCUGUGGUUCUGGCCUGGGUGGGUUGGCGGACAUGGUGGAGGACAGCGACACUAUCCCCUACUCAGAGAUCAAGGACUUCCCAGUCAGCACAGUGCCAGGUCACAUGGGCUACUUGGUGUUCGGAACGCUGAGUGGCAAGCCGGUGGUGCUGAUGCGAGGACGAUUCCAUUACUACGAGGGGUACCCCAUGUGGAAGGUGGCAAUGCCGGUGCGGGUGAUGAAGCAGAUGGGUGUGAAGACGUUGUUUGUCACCAACGCGGCCGGGGGCAUCAACCCGGACUACAAGGCAGGCGACAUGAUGAUCAUAAAGGAUCACAUCGACCUGCCAGGACUCACCGGGGAGUGCGUGCUCAUCGGCAAGAAUGACGACCGGUUUGGUCCGCGUUUCCCGGCUACUGUGGACAUCUAUGACAGCAAACUGAGGUCCAUGGCUGCUGAGAUUGGGAAGGAACUGGGAUAUGGCGAUUACAUGCGUGAGGGGGUCUACAUCAUGAUCGGUGGACCCACCUUUGAGACUGUUGCCGAGUCGAGGCUGCUGAGGCUGUACGGAGCUGAUGCUGUGGGAAUGAGUACUGUGCCCGAGGCUGUGGUUGCAAAGCAUGGUGGGAUACGCACAUUUGGCAUCUCGCUGAUCACUGACAUGUGUUCUCUGGAGUAUGAGGAGACCCGCGCCACGACACACGAGGAGGUGCUGGCCAUGGGGGAGCUACGGGCCAAGGACCUGCAGAAGCUGGUGACCACGAUGGUGGAGAGAAUGGAGUUGUGAUCAUCUGUGUUAAUUCAUUCUCGAACAGUUGGUUAAGUUUCAGGUGAUUUGGAGAACAAAUUCAGGAGCUGUUACACAUGCUUUCUCUGAUCUUUUUGAUGGGGGAACUAUCAUAAUUCUUUGAGUUUUGGGGUGAGAGGUUUAACAGAUCAGCUAGUUUUCCAUCUGGCAAAAUCAAUUUUUCAAGACAUUUAUUGUCCAAUCAUGAGGUAACAGAUCACAUCACACUCGAACAGUAUUGUCACAGAUACAAAAUGUUGAGUGAAAAAACAGUCAACUUGACACUCGAAAACCCCACCUCAGCUCCAGCUUCUCAAGUAUUUUGAAGUGGGUUUUGUUGCACAAAAGAAUCACUUCAAGGAUGUCAGCAUUUCUUCAAUUUUGAAUUUUGAACAUAUUUUGUUAGGGGUUUCCGACCAGAAAAUACUCAGGUAUAAUGUAGAUGGUCAGUCAUAAACAAACCACUGCCAGUACUUAAAUAAUGUGUUACCGUAACAAGCUCAGUACUUGGGUGACUUGAUUUAAAACUUGUAAAGACUCAGAAUAUACUCGGAAAAAUCACUUAAUUAUUGAAAGAACUUCAGUGCAAAUUUGACAAGCUGUGGCAGCUAACAUGUUUUCAGAACCCAGAUGUUGAGGUUGUGCAACGAUAUGUGCAAUAGUCCAAUCAUAUUUAGCACUGGAAAGUGGGCUUGAUGUGCCUCGUAAGAUGAGCAGGGGUAGACACCAUUGGUCAUACCAACUAGUUCGCAGCUCAAUUUAGACUUAGCCAUAAAUAAAGAGUGUAAAAGAACAAUAGGGAUAUCCCUAUCAAGAGUUGAACAGUAUAAUAUGAAUUCGCCACACAAAGUGUUUGUGUCAUGAUAGAGAGAUGGUUGGCAUACAUAUACUUGUUCAUGUUAUAUGGUUAGCAUACAUAUACUUGUUCAUGUUAUAUGGUUGGCAUACAUAUACUUGUUCAUGUUAUAUGGUUGGCAUACAUAUACUUGUUCAUGUUAUAUGGUUGGCAUACAUAUACUUGUUCAUGUUAUAUGGUUGGCAUACAUAUACUUGUUCAUGUUAUAUGGUUGGCAUACAUAUACUUGUUCAUGUUAUAUGGUUGGCAUACAUAUACUCGUUCAUGUUAUAUGGUUGGCAUACAUAUACUUGUUCAUGUUUGGCAUACAUAUACAUGUUCAUGUUAUAUGGUUGGCAUACAUAUACUUGUUCAUGUUAUAUGUUUGGCAUACAUAUACUUGUUCAUGUUAUAUGGUUAGCAUAGAUAUACUUGUUCAUGUUAUAUGGUUGGCAUACAUAUACUUGUUCAUGUUAUAUGGUUGGCAUACAUAUACUUGUUCAUGUUAUAUGGUUGGCAUACAUAUACUUGUUCAUGUUAUAUGUUUGGCAUAAAUAUACUUUUUCAUGUUACGUUUGGCAUAAAUAUACUUGUUCAUGUUAUAUGUUUGGCAUAAAUAUACUUGAUCAUGUUUGGCAUACAUAUACUCGUUCAUGUUAUAUGUUUGGCAUAAAUAUACUUGUUCAUGUUAUAUGUUUUGGCAUGAAUAUACUUGUUCAUGUUUGGCAUAAAUAUACUUGUUCAUGUUAUAUGGUUGGCAUACAUAUACUUCUUCAUGUUAUAUGUUUGGCAUAAAUAUACUUUUUCAUGUUUGGCAUAUAUAUAUAUAUGUGAUUCAAGUUAUAAAUACAUAUUAAGAAUGUAAAGUCAAGACUAUUACAGUGUGUGUAGUUUUAUAUCUAAAUAUAAUUCUUUUCAGAUGGGAAUGACUUUUCCCCUCUACUUAAAUGUACACUGUAGAGGUUUCGCAUAAUAUUUUGUUUAUUAAACCUAGCCUGGCAUAGGAUGAUUAUGUUAGUUGCUUUGAUUUCAUUGUAAAUACAGGGCUGCCAUGGCGGCCUGGUGUCGAGGAAGACGAGCUCACAUGACUUCAUUACAUUUCUAUUUACAGUUUUUUAUUAUAAUCAUCUUGACGUUUUUUACCACUGACUUUGUAUUUCUCUUGUUACAUUCUUGUUCUCUAAAUAAACAUGUUGACAAGA